GCUUCGCCGAGGUUCUUGAACUUUUCCAGGGAUUCGUUUCCAGAACCGACCGAAGGAAGGCUCAGGUUCGAAUCGCCCAGGUGGGGAUCGGAAUCGUCUUCUAGUAUGAGACAUCGCCCGGUCGUCACACCUCGGGCAUCCUUCGUGUUGUCCGGACACAUCGUUCUCCAACUUCAUUUCAUCUACCUUCGUCGCAUCUUCGGAGACAUCCGGUCCUAUCCAAUCGUUAUAAAAGUUGCAAAAAGUGGUUGGUCCCGAGUUCACGUUCGUUGAACCAGAAAUAAAAAAUUUGGCGAAUUCGACGCUCAAGAAACAUCUUGAAUUUCUGAACUUGUCCAGAUUCAAUCAAGGAGUAGGAAAAACAAUAUUUUAAUUUAACAAAAUCAGGAAGAGUCUGAGAACGGAAGACGACUCAAUGUUAUCGAUCAAUAUGCGUAUAUUCAAGACUGUGUUGCUCAUCGUUUCCUUUGGAGCGAGCGUUCGGUGUUUGCCUGUCGCCGAGGAACCGUCCAAGACUGAAACCUCCUCGUCGUUGAUUCCGCAGGAGACAACGACAGCGGCGAUUUCCACGUCUGAUACCAUCGAUUAUUACGAUCAGCGACAGAAUGGUAGCGAGAACUAUCGUAUCCACGUAGACGGUGUGGUAUUCGUAUUCGCGCCGGUCGAGGCUCUGCUCCUGGCUGGUGCGACCGACUCCAAUUUACCGAUUUCCAAUCAUAGUGAAUCUUCAAUUCAACUUGUUGGUGAUAAACCCAAUAUUAACCAUAAUAAAACCGAAUCAGCGAUCUCGAAAACAAUACAUAAGCUUUUUGAUUCCAGACCAGCUUUACGAUUGGCGAAUUUCUUGGCGCCUUUAAUACGUCGCAUACAUCAUGAACGAGGCAUGAGCGUGCACUAAAAUGGCUCUUCAAUACUCGCAAUUUCAAUAUAUAUAUAUAUAUAUAUAUAUAUAUAUAUGCAUAAUGUUCUUCAUAAAACAUAUAUUAGAGAAACGGUAUUUUUCUCUUUUUCUUAAUAUUUUAUAGAUUUUUUCUCACUACACACACACAUUUAACACACUCCUAUAAUUAUUUAAAAUACAAUUUAAAAAAAAGUUAUGUAUUAUAGGAAUAAGAUAUCCACAUCUACAGGGAUGAUAAACGAAUACUACAAAACAUAUAGACUACAUGUAUAUGAUUGACGAUCGACUUGACGUUGAAUUAUAUAGUAUCUAUUAUCAAUAAAGAAAUGCACUAAUUAUUUAAUUCAUGAACUCUCAUUUCAUUGACAUUAUUCAUAAUGAAAGCUAUUGAUUCAAUAUCCACAUAUGUAUUUACAUGUUGAUGUCUAAUUUUAAUGUUAUAUUCCUAUUUUGAGAUAAUGGAAUUGCAAUAUAACUCUUAGUAAAUUAAAUGGAUAUAUUAAUGACGAUUGAGGAGAUCUUACAUAUUGACAGUGAAUUUCCCAAAUAUGUUUUACAUGAUAAUAUUGUUUUAUGUACAACAAUAUUAUAAUUGUACUAUUAUGCAUUUAUAUUUUCUCGAUAUAUGAAAAUUUAUUUGAUUAAACAUUAAAAUACAUAUGUGUCAUAUACUUCUUGGUGCAAUCAUCACAAUGUUUCCAAUGAAGAUGCUUAAAGCUAUAUAGACUCUGUGUUCUUAAAAUCUUUUGCUU